CGAAGUUUUAGAGGCCCCUGGCCAGAUAAAUGGAGGCUCAGCUCAGCUCUCUCUUUUCUUUUCUAGGGUUUUAGCAAGAUUCUGCAAGUCGUUCGAUAACUUUCCCUGCUAAUCUUUUCUCUGGUGUAGCUCUCGAUGUCGCGAGUGUAUGUUGGGAAUUUGGAUCCGCGAGUGUCGGAGAGGGAGCUCGAGGACGAGUUUCGGAUUUAUGGAGUUCUGCGAAGUGUUUGGGUUGCUCGAAGGCCUCCUGGAUAUGCAUUUGUUGAGUUUGAUGAUCACAGGGAUGCUCUGGAUGCGAUUCAUGCAUUGGAUGGGAAGAAUGGCUGGCGUGUGGAGCUGUCUCACAAUUCCAAGGGAGUUGGUGGCAGCCGUGGAGGUGGGCGUGGUGGAGGCGAGGACUUGAAGUGUUAUGAGUGUGGUGAACCUGGUCAUUUUGCUCGAGAAUGUCGCUUGCGCAUAGGUCCACGAGGCUUAGGAAGUGGACGUCGCCGAAGCCCCAGUCCUCGUCGCCGCCGUAGUCCAAGUUAUGGGCGUAGGAGUCUCAGCCCUCAAUAUAGCCCUCGUGGGAGAAGAUCUCCUCGGCGCCGCAGCAUAACACCUCGACGUGGUCGUAGCUACAGCAGGUCUCCUCCAUAUCACCGUGCUCAUCGCUAUUCACCUUACGCUAAUGGCAGGCCACCAGCACAUCAUUGUAAACAUUAUGAUUCACUUUAUUCUAAUGGGCUGAGAAGCAGGGACACGGGCACGACAUGA